CAGACAGAGGGCUCUGGAGAACGCUGACACGUUCCAAAACAAAGUUGAUAACCUGCCGAUAAAUAUGUUUGAAUGCGUUUAACUCUUUGGAAAAACUUUGACAUUAACACAUUAAAUGCUUUGAAUAAAUUAAUUUUCUAAUCAUAAUGCAAAAGGCUCAUUCUGGAAGAUCGAGUGCCGUCGAUGAUGCAGUGGUGCUGCAGCUCCGCGCGCUCUGGACAAGAUAUGAGCAUCACUGCAUGCAGAAUGACAGCUGUCCCAGUGCAGUGCUCAAACAGGACAUCCUUCACCACAUCGACAAACAGCAACAUCUCAAAAAGAUAACGCUGUCAUUUCCAGAUUGCAGGCCCUCAGACGCUAUUCUGCCCAGCCUUCAGCCUCUGUUAAUGGCUAUACGAAAUGAGCGUUACACACAUGCACAAGAAUUCCACAUCUGGAGUCUGUCUCUGAAGCAAAAAGAUAUAGUUGAGCUGUGUCUUCUUUUGGAGAAAAGAGGGAGGACAGUUUAUCCUUUCAGAUCACUAGAACUGCUUGAUUGCAAACUGACUGAAUGGUCUCUGGAAAGAUUGGGCAAGGCUUCAGGCAUCAGCUACCUCACCACACUCUGCCUGGACUAUACACGCGUGGGACAAGAAGGAUUGAAAGGUUUGCUGAGUGGAGGUGUGGGGACCAGUCAAAUAUUUUCCUUGAGUUUAUGUUAUUGUGGUUUGGGUUCAUGGAGCGGAACUCUGCUAGCUUCACUUCUCACCAACAGUUCUGUGAGGGAGCUCUACAUCAAUGGUAAUGAGCUGCAAUGUGGGGGUGCCAUUGAGCUGCUGAGACCUGUUGCUGAAAACAGCCAAAAAAUGGCAGAGAUCCAAAACAGGACCACAUCCAUCACAGACGAGACAGAGUUGAUCUCCCAAAUGAGCAAUAUGUCUUCCAGGCAAAAGAAAGCAAAGAACAAAGGAAAGAAGACGAAGAAGAAAAGAGAAAAAACAAAGAGCGGUCCUGGUGCUGCAGAGGGUCCGUGGCUAGAGAAGCUGCACAUGUUUGAUAACUCCAUUGAUCACCCAGGAAAGGAGGGACCAAAUCAACUAACUCAAUUCUUGGAGCUCCUUUGCAUUCUAGUUCAGUUCUCCAGUCACCUGACCGAACUGGACCUUGGUGAGAAUCACAUUGGAGAGGAUGGUGGGAAAGUGCUUUUAGAGGCCCUGAGAGAGAGACAAACAGCUAAACUAUCUCCAAUUAAGAUCCAAGUUUCAACACGCAUGUCCACAGAAACAUUCAGUGCCAUUUUGAAAAGCGCAAAGGAACUUAAAUCUGGGAAAAAGAGAAGAAAAACAAAGGGAAAAAAAAAGUAAUGCAUCUGUCUGGAGGAUAUUGAAAGUAUGUUACUGGUUUACACAAUGUUUUUUCAAACUAUUUCACCAUGUUUUAAGUUUGUCGCCAAUGUUUUUUGGGAAUCAUCCUCUUUUAAGUCUGAAUUGUGUUCGACAACAGCCGCACACCAAAUGUGAACGCACAACAGACUCGUGGAUUAUGAAGCAUCUAUUUGUCAGUGGUGCAGCAGGGGUUCUGGAUCGGAUCUUAUUUUGUUGUCACUCUAUUGGGAGCUCAAAAUAGCAUAAGGAUGUUUGUUCUUCUUUAGUGCUUCUUCCGUUUCCUUCUCCUUUCACAUCUUUGCUGACAAAAUGUGAGUCCUUGUUUGGUUUGGUUUUUUCCUGAACAGUCUAAUACAUGCAAUGUUUAUAUUUUACAGAAUAAUGUGAAAAAAGUUGUUAGCAUUUAUUUGUGUGUUUCUGUGCGAGUCUGCCCGUCAUGUGGAGAGCAGAGCAGACUCGUGGAUAUUUUUUCUGGUAAAUUUGGUUUUGUCUCCACCCUAUGGCCAAGAAUGAUUCUGCACUGUUGUAUCCAUUUCGCCUGUUUUACUUUUGGCUCUUGUUACCUCACAAAAUAAAGUGAAUCCAAACAUGAA